AUGGUCACCUCAGACAACACAGUCAAUCAGGCUGUUGUGAAGAUCCUACAGAACUACAGGUGGAGACGUGUAGGGAUGCUGACCCAGGAUGUACAGAGGAUCUCAGAGGCUUACAGCCUGAACAUGUUUGGUGGGAGGUAUCAGUGGAUCCUCCCUGGCGGUUACCAGGGGAGCUGGUGGGAGGAGGCCAACUCCUCCCACUGUGCUUCAAACAACCUGCUGACCGCAAUGGAAGGCUACAUCACUGUGGACUUCACACACCUCAGUAACAGACAGAUAAAAGGCAUCUCAGGAAGGACCCCACAAGAGUAUGACGAGACUUACAACAGAGAGCUGCUGCAGAGAGGGUUGGUUGCCAGCAAGUUCCAUGGGUUUGCCUAUGAUGGAGUUUGGGUGAUGGUGAAAGCAUUGACCAGGGUCAUUGAGUCUGUAAGACACAGAGAGAGAUAUGACAUCCACCGGAACUUCACAGUCAGCUACAAGGAGAUUGGACAAAUGGUCCUGGAUUCCAUGAAGGAGAUUUGCUUUGAGGGUGUAACUGGUCAAGUUCUGUUCAGAAAUGGUAAACGCAUGGGAACUAUUAAAUUAAGCCAAUUUCAAGAGGACCGGGAGGUUAAGAUAGGCCAGUAUAAUGCUGAAGAAUUAGAACUCAUCAACCACUUAAUCAAGUUUCAAGGCAUGGAGCCGCCUAAAGACCGGACACAGUCCCAGCGGUGGGAUGUCAGUGUUCCCCUCUACAUCAUCUUGUUAUCCACCACUGGCCUGGCCAUGCUCAUGGCACUCUCCUUCCUCUUCUUCCACAUCAAGCAUCACAACCAUUGGGUCAUGAAGAAGUCCAGUCCGUCCAUGAACUACCUCAUUAUCCUGGGUACAGUGCUGGCCUGUACCUCCGUCUUCCUCUAUGGGCUGGAUGGAUCCCUUGUGACUGACAAAGUGUUUGUUACGCUUUGCCCUAUUCGCACAUGGAUUCUUUCUGUAGGAUACACCACAACUUUUGGGACAUUGUUUGCAAAAACUUGGAGGGUCUGGACAAUUGUCAAAAAUAAGGAGAUCAUUGAAAAGAUUAAUAAGGAUGACCUAUGGAUAAUUGUCGGGGGAAUGCUGCUAAUCGAUCUGUGUCUGUUAACCUACUGGCAGAUGGUGGAUCCACUCAGGCGAACAGUGGAAGAGUUCAGCCUAGAGACUGAUCCUGGUGGUGAAGACGUUAAUACAAGGCACUUCCUGGACCACUGUGAAAGUACAAACAUGACUAAAUGGCUCGCCAUUGUAUAUGGCUACAAAGGGCUUCUAAUGUUUCUUGGAUGUUUCCUGGCCUUGAGAACAAGGCAUGCACAUAUCCAUCUCCUCGAUGACAGCAAGUACACAAGGCUGAGCAUGUACCACGUGACCAUCAUGUCUAUCAUUGGAGCAUCAGGGUGCUUCCUGACCCAGUAUAACCCUAAUGUGCAGCUCUUCAUGGCUUUGGUGGUCAUCUCCUGCUGUACCUGCACCCUGUGUCUGGUGUUCCUGCCCAAGCUUGUAAAAAUCAGAGACAAUCCCAACCAAGUGGAUCCAACUAGCUGGUUACAAUGUGAUCUUAACAAGGAGGAUUCUGAGACCUCCAGUUCCUCUAGCAGUCUCAAUCAGUGCAGAUCUCUUGAAAGCCUGCGGACUGAAAACCAGCAGCUCCGGAGGAGAAUCACAGAGAUUGGUGACCAGUUGGAGGAUGUCGCCAUGCAAGUACUAGAGGAAGAGCUGAGUCCUCCCAGUCGACAGGGCCAUGAAGUGACACUGAGAGCCCAGGUGUGCUCUGAGGAUGUGCCCAGGAUGAACAGGGAACUCUUUGAUGACAUCAACUCACCUGAACACGUCCAACGAAGACUUUCCGUGCAGCUGCCAAUUCUUCACCACGCCUACAUGCCAGCCGUUGGGGGAAUGACUGCCAGCUGUUCCAGCCUUCUGAGAAGUCCCGAUGUCCCCAGUGCCCAACAGAGACAGAUGCCACCAUCGCAUCGGGUCAUGGUCACCGGGCUGUGACUGUAUUUCCCUCUACAGUGAGUGACAAUACGCUGGAAAAAUUACAAUAUUCAUUGAACUGCCUCUGGUUCGACUGGCAGCUGGAAGUCAAAUGACCUUCCUUUACCUUGACUGCCAUAGCGUCAUUCACAUCUGAAGUCAUGUUCACGUCCAGACAAGUUCCAGAUACAUGUGGUGCUGACAAAAGUUUUGUGUGGUAAAUUACA